AUGUACGCCAUAGCCAUCUUGGGGAACUUCACCAUCCUGUUCAUCUUGAAGACGGAACCAAGCCUCCAUGUCUCCAUGUCCUAUUUCCUCUGCAUACUGGCCAUCAGCAACCUGGUCAGGUCCAUGUCCAUCGUGCCCAAAAUGCUGAGCAUCUUCUGGUUCAAUUCCAGGGAGAUCAAUUUCACUGCCUGCCUCACCCAGAUGUACUUCGUUCACUGCUUCUUAGUGAUGGAGUCUGAGACCCUCGUAGCCAUGGCUUUGGAUCGCUACGUGGCCAUCUGCCAUCCCCUGAGACAUUCCACCAUCCUGACAAACUCUGUGGUGGCCAAGAUUGGCCUGGCAGUGGUGCUGUGUGGCCUCAUGCUCAUAAUGCCCUAUCCCUUGCUGGCAAGGCAGCGGCCCUAUUGCAGAACCAACAUCAUUUCUGAGCUGUACUGUGCACAUAUAGCUGUGGUGAAGCUGGUCUGUGCCGAUACCUGUGUCAGUAGUUGCUACAGCCUUUUUGUGCUAUUCUGUGUGAUGGUUCUGGAUGUGAUUUUUAUUGUUGUGUCCUAUAUCCAGAUUCUCAGGGCCAUCUCCAGGCUCCCCACAAAGGACGCCCGGCUCAAGACUUUGGGGACCUGUGGCUCCCACCGCUGUGCCAGUUUAGCCUUUUACAUCCCAGCUCUCUUCUCCUCCCUCAUGUACUGGUUUGGGCAGAAUGUGGCCAUAUAUUUCCACAUUCUCAUUGUCAACAUAUGCCUUUUGCUGUCCCCCAUGCUGAACCCCAUCAUCUACGGGGUGAGGACCAGGCAGAUCCGGGACAGGCUGCUCUGGCUCUUUACUCAUAAAGGGACAUAA